CGACACGGCUACGCGCUUAAAUGAAAGUUAGAACAUUAUUUCCCCGCGCUUCUCCAGGAUUACCCCCAUACGGAUCACGGAUCUAGCGGGGCGAUUCUUCCACUAUAUAUAAAGUCGCUAAACUCCGAUCGUUUUGAUGUUGGCAUAGGACAAGCUUCAAGCAAUCACAAGACAUGGGUUAUAGGACUAUGUGGAAGCGGCUCUCGCCGCGGCAGCUCAAUGCCACCAUCCAGGUGUUCUCGCUCAUCUCUAUAUUCUUCGAAGGCUAUGACCAAGGCGUCAUGGGCGGCGUUAAUUCCGCGCCCAAAUACGUGACCGAGGUCGGCAUUGGGAAGCCGGAUGGCACCGUGACAGACACCACGCACCAGGGCGGCAUUGUCAGUGUCUAUUAUCUGGGUGCCAUCUUUGGCUGCUUUGCUGGAGGGUGGUUGGCUGACCGAGUUGGUCGAAUCAACGGCCUGCUGGCGGGAGCGUUGUUUGCCUUGGUUGGCGGCGCAUUACAGGCUGCCGCUCAGAAUUCAGACUUUAUGAUCUGCGCUCGAGUGCUGACGGGCAUUGGUACAGGAGCCUUAACUGGUAUUACCCCUGUCUUGGUGUCGGAAACCUCUUCUGCAGAUCACCGCGGUGGGUUCCUGGGAUACGUCUUCAUUGCCAACUAUCUCGGUAUAUCAGUUGCAUACUGGAUAUCCUUUGGCCUCGCCUUCAUCGAUAACGGAUACUCGGACGUGCGAUGGAGGUUCUUACUUGCCUUUCAAUGUUUCCCAGCCCUAAUACUAGCCUGCUUCAUCAAGAUGCUGCCUGACAGUCCCCGGUAUCUGGCUUCAGUUGGUCGGAAUGAAGAGGCGCAUGAGCUGUUGGAGCAUAUUCGCAAGCACAGGGCCAGUCCAGAAGAGAUUGAUCGUGAAUACUUGGAGAUCGUCACAAUGGCAGAGGAAAGCCAGCGCAGCUCACCUAUCCAAUUUGUGAAGAUCUUGCUCGGGAAGGGUGGAAGGCGGCAUCCGAAUUUGGGCAGGCGAGCUUGGCUGUGUGUCUGGCUUCAGAUCAUGGCCUCCUGGACAGGCAUCACGGCUGUCACUGCAUAUUCGCCAGUUCUCUUGCACCAGGCUGGAUACAGCUCCAUCAAGCAGAACGGCCUCGCUGGGGGACUCAACACGGUUGGCAUCAUUGGUACGAUAAUAAGUGCCCAAAUCGUCGAUCGCCUUGGUCGCCGUGUGUGUCUCAUGGGUGGUGCAGCAAUGCUAUUUGCUGUGAAUAUUAUCGCUGGAGCUGUCUACGAAGCCUCGUUGCAUGACCCCAGCAAGGCUGCUCAGAUUGCCCCUGCGGCUAUUACCAUGUUGUUCCUGUUCAAUAUUGGUUAUGCUGCUACGUGGGGUACUGUCGCGUUUUUGGUACCCACAGAGAUAUUCCCCUCUGAUUUGCGAGCCCAAGGCAAUGGCUUCGGCAUCACUGGGUGGGCUAUUGGUGUGGGUAUGACCACUUUGGUUAACCCGAUUAUGUUCGACGCCUUGAAAAGCCGAACCUAUUUCCUCUUCGCCGCCCUUAAUCUAAUUUGGAUCCCUAUAGUUUACCUCUUCUACCCCGAAACCCGUGGUCGCUCCCUGGAAUCGAUCGAAGCACUCUUUUCCACCAAGAGUCCCUUCUACUGGAAGAUGGAACAGGCGUAUAAUCUGCACGGUGAUGUCUUACUGGAACACGGAGUCAGUGGAAAUGACGGCCUCGAUGCUGCCAGGAAUAAGUCGACAUCAUAUGAGAAACCGGAGCAGGAGAUCAUUGUUUGAGGCCCCGAAUCUUAUGUAUAUCUUGGGGCAUUCUUUUUUCGUUGAGUCAAGUAAGGUGCGGAGCUCUUAACAAGGAUGAAGCUGACAUAGUGGGUUGAGUCCGGAGUGACUGAUUCUUGAGGUUAGCAAGCUUCCAUCGCGAUCAGCGGUAUCCGAGCCCUGAGACCGAGCACUGCACAUCACUUGUGGACUCAGUGGAGAAGGUGUUAUUGUUUGGCUUAUCAUUCUUGAUUAUCGCUCAGGUUCUUC